UCUCCCGAUUUUCUCUCUUUAUUCUCCUCUCUCUAUCCUAUAUUCUCUCUCUUUCGAGUUUUGCACCCAAAAAAUAAUUUUCAUCGGAACAUUCAACAUGUGACAAGGAAUCGAAAUUUCACCUUGUCGAUUAGAUCGCAUCAGAAUUUUUGAUUUAGGGAGGAGGAGCUAUGGCUCCACCACCGGUGGAUCGAAACGGAGGGGGAUCGGCGGCCGGCGAUAUUACGAGAUGUGUUCCGACGCCGUUUUUGACCAAAACCUACCAGCUGGUGAAUGAUAACACCAUUGAUGAUAUCAUCUCCUGGAAUGAAGAGGGAUCUGCUUUUAUCGUAUCGAAUCCUACGGAGUUUGCUAGAGAUUUGCUUCCAAAGUAUUUCAAACACAACAAUUUCUCAAGCUUUGUUCGUCAACUCAACACUUACGGAUUUCGAAAGGUUGUACCUGAUCGAUGGGAAUUCUCAAACGAAUGUUUUCGGAGGGGCGAGAGAAAGCUUCUGUGUGAUAUUCAACGUCGGAAAAUAGCGACCCCGUCAUCAACCAGUGUGGCGCCACCUUCACCCUCGGUAACGGUGGCGGAGGCGGCGGCACAGCCGGUACCGUCUACGCCUCAGCCUCUAGUGGCAUCCCUGACAGAUUCAGGUGAAGAACAAGUCCUUUCAUCGUCAAACUCCAUCCAAGUUGUUUACGAAACGACCAGCAGCACGGCGGACCUGAUUAGAGAAAAUGAAAGGCUAAGGAAGGAGAACAUGCAGCUAAACAAAGAGCUUGGCAAGAUGAAGAGUCUGUGCAACAACGUUUGUGUUCUGAUGUCGAAUUACGCUACGAAUUGCAAUAGCCAGGAAAAUGACGACCCUAGUAACAGCGAUCAACUUAUGGAGCGGCUGGAUCUACAACCAAUGAAAAGAUUUUGCGAACAGUUGCAAGGAGUUGCCAACGCCUCCACCGCUAACGGCGACGGAGGGAACAGUAUUAGAUUAGAAGCAGAGGAAAUGAACGCGAGAUUAUUCGGGGUGCCGAUUUGUGUGAAGCGCGGGAGGAAAAGCGAAGGUUGUUCGGCGGAGCAUGAGAUAGAAUUACAGCUGCAGCAACCAGGGAUGGGCGUGAAAUCUGAGCCGUUGGAUAGACAGAAUAGCGUAGGUGAUCAGGAGAUCUUGUGGUUGAAACGGUUUGAUUCGCGAAAUAAAAAUGCGCGUAAUUGAUAAAGAUCAGAUAGACGGUGGAUGAUUCAUUAGUAAACAUUAACUAGACUAGACAGGUGCAGAUGGGUCGGUACGAGGUGAGUCACGUGCUAAAUGGGUCACGUGCGUCGACAAUCUUUAUGAUAGGGCCUUUCUCAGGAAACUUCUUGAACUUUUUCAGUAUUUUAUAGAUUUUCAUUUAAAAAAAAGACCUUUAUCCGGAGCUGUGUAGCGUGCUCAUUUCUACCUUAAUUAAUAGGUAUUUUAUUGUAACGUGUGUAUUAUAGAAUUAAUUUGAACAAUAGCCUUUUGUAAGUGCUGGUAGAUACACGUCAAUUUCAGGGAGCACCGAAGUGAUACGUGUAUUUGGACCUUUGUUUUUUUUUCUUAUUCCAUUAUUAUAAUCUACUAGACAAAUCGUUCGAUCUA